GACAGCUGCAACGGCAGUGACAGAGACGCCCGCAACUGUCACAGCACACCAUCUUCCCUGCGCUCCUUCACCCGGCACCCGCGGUGCUGCCGAGCUUCCUCUAGGUCUUCGAGCUCCAGCGGGCGCAGCCGAGUCCCGCACACAAUAGCAGCCGCGGCCGCAGCUUCUAGCCCCAGCGCCCGCCAUGGGGAAACCGGCGAGGAAGGGAUGCGACUCCAAGCGCUUUCUGAAGAAUAACUGGCUGCUGCUCUCCACCGUGGCCGCUGUGGUGCUAGGGAUUGCCGUAGGAGUAUUGGUUCGAGAAUACAGCAAGCUCUCUAAUCUGGAGAAAUUCUACUUUGCUUUUCCUGGAGAAAUCUUAAUGAGGAUGCUGAAACUCAUCAUUUUACCAUUAAUUAUAUCAAGCAUGAUUACAGGUGUCGCUGCACUGGAUUCCAAUGUAUCUGGGAAAAUUGGUCUGCGUGCUGUUGUAUAUUAUUUCUGUACCACUGCCAUUGCUGUAAUUCUAGGUAUUGUGCUAGUGGUGAGCAUCAAGCCUGGUGUCACCCAGAAAGUGUCUGAUAUUGACAGAACUGGCAACAGCCCUGAAGUCAGUACAGUGGAUGCCAUGUUAGAUCUGAUCAGGAAUAUGUUCCCUGAGAACCUUGUACAAGCCUGUUUUCAGCAGUACAAAACCAAGCGUGAAGAAGUGCAGCCUCCCACUGGACCGGGGACAAACAUGACAGACGCACAGGUCACAACCAUCAUGACAACUACAGUUUCCAAGAACCAAACAAAGGAAUACAAAAUCAUAGGCAUGUAUUCAGAUGGUAUAAAUGUCCUGGGCUUGAUUGUCUUUUGCCUCGUCUUUGGACUUGUUAUUGGAAAAAUGGGAGAAAGAGGACAGAUUCUGGUGGAUUUCUUCAAUGCUCUAAGUGAUGCAACCAUGAAAAUCGUUCAGAUCAUUAUGUGUUAUAUGCCACUUGGCAUCUUGUUCCUGAUUGCCGGGAAGAUCAUAGAAGUUGAAGACUGGGAAAUAUUCCGUAAGCUGGGCCUUUACAUGGCCACUGUCCUCAGUGGGCUUGCAAUACAUUCCAUUGUAAUUCUCCCCCUGAUAUAUUUCAUAAUCGUACGAAAGAAUCCUUUCCGAUUUGCCAUGGGUAUGGCCCAAGCUCUCUUGACAGCUCUGAUGAUAUCCUCCAGCUCAGCAACACUGCCUGUCACUUUCCGCUGUGCUGAAGAAAAGAACCAAGUAGACAAGAGGAUCACUAGGUUUGUGCUGCCAGUUGGUGCUACAAUCAACAUGGAUGGAACUGCACUCUAUGAAGCAGUGGCAGCUGUGUUUAUUGCACAAUUGAAUGACCUGGAAUUGAGCAUUGGUCAGAUCAUCACUAUCAGUGUCACAGCCACAGCUGCCAGCAUCGGAGCUGCUGGGGUUCCCCAGGCUGGCCUGGUGACCAUGGUGAUUGUGCUGAGCGCAGUGGGUCUGCCUGCUGAGGAUGUCACCCUGAUCAUCGCUGUCGACUGGUUCCUAGACCGGUUCCGGACCAUGGUGAAUGUCCUUGGUGAUGCUUACGGUACAGGCAUUGUAGAGAAGCUCUCUAAGAAGGAGCUGGAGCAGAUGGAUGUUUCAUCUGAAGUCAACAUCGUGAACCCCUUUGCCUUGGAAUCCACAAUACUUGAAAAUGAAGACUCAGACACCAAGAAGUCCUAUGUCAAUGGAGGUUUUGCCGUAGACAAGUCUGACACCAUCUCAUUCACCCAGACCUCACAGUUCUAGAGCCCCUGGCUUCUAACAACUUGGAAUAAUAAAAGACAUUAUCAUGAAAGUCAUCUGUUAGAAAAUUCAAAUUAUAAUUAAGGAAAAGAAAACACAAUUGGCCAAUUGUGCAUUUGAUUUGAUAUACAGACUUCCAGAUUACUUUCUAUAUUUGGAUUCACAACUUUUGCUCUCUGGGUUCUGGGAUUUCGGGGUGGUAGGUAAGAUGAAAUGACAUUGAUUAAAAGGAAAACUGUAUUAUCUGGAAUUUGAAAAUUCU